AUGGACACCUCCCCUCACACUUACAACUCAGCCUUGGGCAUCUCCUCCACAGACACCUCUGACACCACCAGUGGCACUUGGCAAACCACAGCACACACCUCAGCACCUACAACCAAAACCUCUGCUCACACCAUCCCCAUGACCUCAAGCACCAACAAUAGCCCCCUCACAUCCGCCAUGGACAACUCACAGGCCACCACACAACCCACACCAGGUUCCAUAGAGAGCUUGGCUUCUGUGGCAACCUCCAGUACAACCUAUGCCACGGUGUCGGAAAACAUCCCCUCCACCACCAACAUCUCUCCAGACACCACCAGCACCUCUCCAACCUCAUCGCACUCCUCAAACACCCUCUCAGCCAACCAGCAAACGACCAUGAAGACCAUAAUCACCUUCACAGACACUUUCACCUCCGCCAUGGACACCUCUUCGUCCUCCGCUCACACCUCCAGCACCAACAGCAGCACACGGCAAAGCACUGCAGAAACCUCAACACUUCCCAACACCCCUUUGACCUCCUCCACCAUCCCAGGCAUCAACAGCAGCCCUCCCACACACACCACAACCACCUUCAACACCACAACCAACAAAAACACACCAGCUUCUACAGACACCUUGGGAACCCCAGCAGCCUCCAGCACCGCUUAUGCAGACACCGUCACCACCAUCUUGGCCAGUACGGCCCUCACAGACACCUCACGCUCCACCAGCUCUAGCUCAGCUCCCACACAGAGCAUGGCAAGCGCAGCUGCAUCGGACAUCACCUCCCACAGCCUCUCCACCACCUCCACAAGCACCACAGGAACCUCCCAAGUCACCACAGGCACCACGCCAACAUCAGCAGCCUUCUCCACCAACACCAGUACGGGCACUUUGGAAACUCCCACCAACACCCCUACAACCUCAGGAGCCUCCUCGGCUACUCUGGGCACCUCUGCAACCACUGGAGAAACCUCACAUGCCACCAUGGACAGGGACGUCUCUAUCACAACCACCUUAACAGCCAGGACAUCAACCACUGAGAUGCCCACGGACUCUGCAGCAAACAACACAGGAACACUGCACACCUCCAUGCUCACACCUCUCUCCACAGACACCUCUACGACCACCACGGCCUCCUCCAAAACAUCCACAGACACCUCGGAACCUCCCACCUCCUUCUCAACAACCACCACACACACCUCUGCAACUUCCAUGGACACACAUGUCUCUACAGACACAUCGGACACAAACAAAAGCCCUGACGUGACCUCCACAAUCACCAUGGACACCUCUCCUCACACUUACACCUCCUCCAUGGGCACGAUCUCUACCUACACUGAUGACACCAGUGGCCCCUGGCAAACCACAGCACACACCUCAGCACCUACAACCACCAUCUAUGCAGAUGCGACCACCACCGCCUUGGCCAGCACGGCCCUCACAGACACCUCACGCUCCACCAGCUCCAGCUCAGCUCCCACACAGAGCAUGGCAAGCGCAGCUGCAUCGGACAACCCCCCCCCCAGCCUCUCCACCACCUCCACAAGCAGCACAGGAACCUCCCAAGUCACCACAGGCACCACGCCAACAUCAGCAGCCUUCUCCACCAACACCACUACGGGCACUUCGGAAACUCCCACCAACACCCCUACAACCUCAGGAGCCUCCUCGUCUACUCUGGGAACCUCUGCAACCACUGGAGAAACCUCACAUGCCACCAUGGACAGGGACGUCUCUAUCACAACCACCUUAACAGCCAGGACAUCAACCACCAAGAUGCCCACGGACUCUGCAGCAACCAACACAGGAACACUGCACACCUCCAUGCUCACACCUCUCUCCACAGACACCUCCACCACCACCACGGCCUCCUCCAAAACAUCCACAGACACCUCGGAACCUCCCACCACCUUCUCAACAACCACCACACACACCUCUGCAACUUCCAUGGACACACACGUCUCUACAGACACCUCGGUGACAAACAACAGCCCCGACAUGACCUCCACAAUCAACAUGGACACUUCUCCUCUCACUUAUACCUCCUCCAUGGACACGCUCUCCACCUCCACUGGCAACACCGGUGGCUCCUGGCAAACCACAGCACACACCUCAGUACCUACAACCACCAUCUAUGCAGACACCGUCACCACCGCCUUGGCCAGCACUGCCCUCACAGACACCUCACGCUCCACCAGCUCCAGCUCAGCUCCCACACAGAGCAUGGCAAGCGCAGCUGCAUCGGACAACACCUCCCACAGCCUCUCCACCACCUCCACAAGCACCACAGGAACCUCCCAAGUCACCACAGGCACCACGCCAAAAUCAGCAGCCUUCUCCACCACCACCAAUACGGGCACUUGGGAAACUCCCACCAACACCGCUACAACCCCAGGAGCCUCCUCGGCCACUCUGGGCACCUCUGCAACCACUGGAGUAACAUCCGUUACCACUGUGGACAUAGACAUCUCUACCACAACCACCAUAACAGCCAUGGCAUCAACCACUGAGAUAGAUGGCAGCAUCCUGGUAGAUCUCAAUGUGAUCAUCUCCCUGAUGGUGACAUCCCAAGCCCAGGACCAGCUCCACAACAUCUCCGUGAUCCUGCAGGAAGAGAUACAGACAAUGACGGCGCUGCAGAACUGCUCAGAGGACAGCGACGAGCUGUGCUUCAAUUCCACCAUUGAUGUGGUUGAUCCCGGUUCACUUUCCUUGGACUUGGAGGCGUACUGCCGGCAGAUCACCCCCCAGGGCUACCAGGAUUUUUACUUCCCCAACCUGACAAGCUCGGGGUUGUUCUGCAUGUCCAACUGCACGGCGAACACCCUCAGCACCAUCGACUGCAACUACGGGCAGUGCCACGUCACACGCAGCGGCCCGCAGUGCUUCUGCCGUGAGACCGAUAUGUACUGGUACCAGGGCAACCGCUGCAAAACCCGGACCAGCAAGAUCGCCGUGGGGCUGGGCUUGACCGUGGCCAUUCUGCUCGUGGUCAUCUUGGUCCUUGCUGGCCUCCUCUACAGAGCGCGGAGAUCGAAAUCGUUUGACAGCACGAGCGCCUUGACGGCACCGAGGAAGUGGUACGAGGACUCGUGCGAGCACUGGAGCCCAUCAGGGAGCUUCUUUUCCCUGAACAAAGGUACCGCCCCAAAGGACACUUGGGUUGACCUGGAGUUCGUGGAUACAUCGACACAAAUCCAUAUUCAGAGGCCAGAGAGCAUCCUCACACGGCUGUGA